AUGUCUACUGCAGCGUUACGUUUCAAGCAAGCCAUCGCCAAACAACUCUCCUCAUUGACACAAUGCAGCGAACCACUGCUUCUCGAUCUCAUUCGUGUCCCAAAGAAAUCGCGCGACGGCCAAUUCACCCUUUCAUUGCCACAACUUGGAGCAGCAUUGAGAAAACAAAGCAACAGCAGCAGCAGCAGCAGCACAACUCUUAAUGUCGUUCAAGAUCCCACUGCUUGGUCAAAAGAAAUCGCAAGCAAGUUUAUACCUGAUCAAAUGAUUGCUGAUGCCACUGCACAAGGCCCCACGCUACAGUUUCGUGUUGCCAAUGCCGAGUUCAUGAAACAAGUCCUGACGCAUGUAUACAAUGAUCACGCCAACUAUGGAUGGGCUCAUGCACCACAGCACAACCAAACAGUCGUCAUCGAUUACAGCUCUCCCAACAUUGCAAAGCCCUUCCAUGCAGGUCACUUGCGAAGCACUAUCCUGGGGAACUUUGCCAAGCGAAUACACGAGAUCAUGGGUUAUCGGGUGGUUGGUGUCAACUAUUUGGGGGAUUGGGGAAAGCAAUAUGGCCUUUUGGCGGUAGGCUUUGAACGAUAUGGCGAUCACGACAAGCUCAUGCAUGAUCCUAUUCAUCAUUUGUACGAUGUGUAUGUCCGGAUUAAUCAAGAGGCGAAGCAUGACCCUACCAUUGAUCAACAAGCUAACGCCUAUUUUAAGCGCAUGGAGCAAGGGGACACUGAGGCGCUGGCAUUGUGGAAAAGAUUACGCGACAUGAGCAUCGAGUCUUACAAGAGCAUUUAUGGGAGGUUGGGUGUAUCUUUCGAAGUGUAUUCUGGCGAAUCUCAGGUUGAAUCCUAUAUUCCAAAGGUGAAUGCGCUUCUUCGAGAAAAAGGACUUGUGGAGACAACGCAGGACGGAGCCUCUGCAAUUGAUUUGGAGCAAUACAACCUUGGCAAAGCGAUUGUACAACGAGCGGAUGGCACAAGUUUGUACCUGACACGUGACCUUGCAUGCUUGAUGAUGCGACAAGAGCUCUAUGGAUUUGACAAGGCAUUGUACGUUGUUGGCAGUGAGCAGCAAGGAUAUUUUCGACAGGUAUUCAAGCUCGGUGAGAUGCUCUUUGGUUUCAAGAAUUUGCAACACGUGAGCUUUGGCAGGAUCCAAGGAAUGUCAACGCGUAAGGGCACUGCAGUCUUUUUGGAGGAUAUUCUCAACACAGCCCAAGAGCAGAUUCUUCAGUAUAUGGAAAAGGAAAAGUCGCAUGUCAAAGAUAAGCAAGAGAUGGCUACAGUUUCAGAUCAACUUGGCAUAUCAGCUAUCCUGGUUCAAGAUAUGAAAUCCAAACGCAACAAGGAUUAUUCUUUCUCAUGGGAGAGGAUGACGGAUGCUAAAGGUGACACGGGUGUCUUUUUACAAUAUGCUCAUGCAAGAGCCUGCGGAAUCGAACGCAAUGCCGAUGCAGCUGUGAUACCAACACCUGAUUUUGGGCUUUUAAAGGAACCAGAGGCGCUUGAUUUGGCUCAGCUGAUUUCACAUUUCCCAGAGACGGUCGAAAGCUCUUUCAACUCGCUGGAGCCUUGCACCAUUGUCAACUAUUUAUUCAAGCUAUCACACGCCACAAGUGCAGCAACACAAGUGUUAUGGGUCAAGGGCCAGGAACCAGAAUUAGCUGCUGCUCGAAUGCUACUGUUUUGGGCUGCGAGAACCACCUUGUUCAAUGGAUUAUCUUUACUUGGUAUCAAACCACUAGAACGCAUGUAG